CCCCGAUGGAUCGCGGGCUCUGGCCUCGAGAUUGGUUUUGGCGCGAAAGCCAAAAAGUGACCAAAAAUCCAAAAUGGACGAAACAAAACAACAACAGCAAGUGAGUUCCUCAGGCGCCAGUAUCAAUGAACCAAAUAUAUCUGACGAAAAGUUAGAACAGCUCCCUCUAAAAGAGUUGAACGCAUUUUUAAAAGAAGGAAAGUUUUCUAAGGAAGAGGAGAAAGCUUUAAGGCAGCGACGUGCCGAUUUAAAGAGAAAGAAAUCUAGUAUAGAAACCAGAUCCAUAACGAGGCAGGCAAUGAAGCUCUUCAAGGACCAACAGGCAUCAGUAGUUUCAGUCGUGGCAUCAAAACCGAAAGCCUUGAAGCCCAUCUCUUUGGUUCAUAGAGAGAAAUUUGAAAGCUUGUUUGAAUUGUGGUCUAAAUCGCCUACAUCGAUCACGAUAAUAAACGGUAACGGCGUAUGCUUCGAGAAAGAGUUCAUAAUUGGCAGUGGAAGUUCUGGAACUGAUGUAUUUAUUUGCUUGGGUUCCGAUGGGAUUGAGCGAGCGAUUAAACGCUUGAAAAAAGUGGCGUUUGGAACGCUUUUGGAGAACGAACGAGAUAUCUUGACUUCACCCAAUGCUAUUGAAUCGCCGCGUAUUGUAAAUUAUUGGUUCUUUGAUGAUGUGUCCAACUCAGAUUUCUGUUAUCUGAUUAUUAAUUUAUAUGAACGGAAUCUUGAACAGUUUCUCAAGGACAAGAAUGAAGCCGGUGAAGUUAUUAAAGAAUCUCAAUCUAAGAAAAUGAUUUUUCAAGUGCUGCAAGGGCUCGAAGCAUUACACACCAGAGAACCUAGAAUCCUCCAUAGAGAUUUGAAACCCACCAAUAUUCUUGUGGAUGUUAAUGGUGAUUUGGUGCUGUCUGAUUUUGGUAUUGGACGAAAGUUUCCUGAACAAGGUGCAACUACCUACCAUACUGAUUCACAUGAAGGUUCAAUGGGGUGGAUGGCAUAUGAAAGUGUUGACUGGAAACAUUUGCUAGGAAAAGAUCCACCAUUUCAACCAAGAUGGAAAGAGAAAUCAGAUAUCCAAGUGGCAGGUAUGGUAGCCUUCUUUAUCCUAACGAAAGGAAGGCAUCGUGUAUUUGGUGAAGGACUGUUUAAGCAACUAGAGAAUUUGCAUUUGGGCAAUCCAGUUGGUUUAACGGGGCUACUCAGCGAUCAGCCCGUAGUGAAAGAUUUGCUAUCUCAGAUGUUAGUUCAGGAUCUAGAUAAGCGACUCUAUGUGGAACAGGCUAUAAAGCAUCCCUAUUUCCUUUCUUGCAAAAAAAAUAUGAAGUUUUUAGAGGCAGUGGGAAAUGAGCCUGAAAUAAAGAAGGGAGAUGUAAGCUGUCAUAUUGUUAAAAAAUUGAGUAGGUCCAAUCCUUUGUUACCAAAGGAUUGGAAAGCGGCGAUUCAUAUCGAUAAUCUCAAUGCAUUUUGUGCCGGAGGUAAACACCCAUCAAAGCUGAUUGGUAGCGACUAUACCCAUUGUCUUCGCUUGAUACGAAAUGUUCUUCAGCAUUGGAGUGAUAGACCACGCCCUGUGCUGAAAGAUACGGGAGUAACUACUUCUGUAGGUGAAUAUUUCUUCCAGUUAUUUCCAACACUCCCGCUGGUUGUUCAUCAGCUGAUUAGAGAUGACCCCGACUGGAAAGCACGCCCAGCCUUGAGGGAGUUUUUCCCUGUGGUAAACCGUCGCAUUUCACCUGAUUCGGACGAUUAAACAUGGUAUAUCAUGACAUGUAAUUUACUUCUCGUUGGUCUUAUACAGUCCUGGUGCAGUUAACGCGAUCAUGUGUUGUAUCAUUUCGUCUUGUUAGAAUGAUUAUAUAAGAUUAUAUAGUUUUUCUUACGGUUAGUUUGUUCACUUGCAGUUUUUACUAGGAUUUUUGCUUUGUUUGAUACGAGAACGAAUGGCUUAAAAGUCUUGAAGAAAGAAGAUCUACAUUAUACCUUUUCUUAGGACUAGUUUGUAAACUUACUGGGAUUUUUCUUUUCAGAGAUGUGACGGCGAAUAGCUUAAAAGUCGUGAAAAAGAAUAUCUAAUUUACUUAUACAGUUAUACAGUAUUAUAAUUGUAUUUUUAACAAGCAAUUUUAACAGGUUUUUAUUUAGAUAAGUUCUUUCUUUGGGUGUUCUGGAUGUGUAUUUGUAGUGAUAUAUUGUACAGAGUGAAUGAUCGAAAGAUUCGGUUAAACCGAGAGUUGAAGCGCAGAGUUUUGACUUCGAAGAGUUAUGUUAAAACAACGUCCAAACUACACCCAUUUUCUUUUACGACCAGACCCAACUCUUAACUUUUCAGAUGUUUCUUGAACUAACAUGAGAGAUAUUAUGUUUGACGUAACCCUCGCUCUCUAUCGUUAACAUUAUGAAGAUUUUGGAGAGUCAACAUGUUCACGGUUUUGAUUAUGACGAGAGUUAUGUCGAGAGAGAAACCACUGGGUACAUCGGUAAGUUUAACAUUCAACGAGUUUCCUUUUCAAAACUGACAUAAAGCUCUUUAUAAUCAGAAUUGUGAACACGGAGAUGGUAAAGAAGUUAACUUACUUUAGAGUGGGUCUUGAUUUAGAGUGGAAUUAUACACACUUCAAAUU